AUGGCAGAAGAUGGAUACGAGGUGAUGGGUCCCGGUGGUGCUCCGGCUCCGGCCGCGGUGCCUGUGCCGCCGACGCCGCCCGCCGCUGCUCCACCGCCCGGCGGCAUUGUUCCGCCGCCGCCGCCACCCAACGUGCAACUCGACCGCUCAUCAGCGACCAGUCUCCUCGACGAAGAAAAGGAGGAGAAAAAGAAGAAGAAGAAGAAGAAGAACAAGAGCGGCGACGAUGAAGCCGGGCACACCGAAGGCAUGGAGCUCCAUCAGCGGCCGACGUCGUGCGACACGAUGCCGCUGGCGUUGAUCAGUGUCAUCUUGAUUCUCAUCUUGUGCAUUUCAAUACCGAUUAUUCUGACCGCGUUCGGCAAAGCAAACAUCAAGCUGAUCAGCAACAAAUUGCUUGUCAUGAAGGCGAAGACGGCAACCGCAUGA